AAACGAUUAGGUUUCCUUCAACAGAGACUGCAUUCAAAAGUAUAAGUUAUAUUCGGCUCCUCUAGCACAGGUUGCUACAAAAUUGGGUAUUAGCAUCAUACCUCUGGAGGUGCCAUACAAGUUCACCAAAAUUAUCGCUACGGGAACAAGUGGCGAUUUCUUCAAGUGGAAUUCAAAUCGAUGCAAUUUUGAGGAAAUCUGAAAAAUGCGGAGCUAUUGCAACAGUAGUGAAAAGAAAUACACAUGCUAAAUUACAUUCAAAUCGUGAAUUCUGCAUAUGUUUGCUCAACGAAGAUCAGAAAGCCUGUCAUGAAGGAUAUGUAACAAUGCAGCGUCAUUGGAAGGUUGGAGCGGUGCGCGAGGAGGUAGAGGAAAGGUUUAGAGAACUCUCGUCCAUAGCAAUGGUGGCUCAUAGGGAUAUAGAGCGUCACCUAUGGCUGGCUGAGCAUAGACCUGAUUUAGCUUUAUUAGCUCCAGCUCCAUCUCGAGUGAAAAUGGCCCUGGUAGAAAAGAUGUCACGGAAGAAGAAAGAUGUCGAUGGCAGAACAGCGAACAGAAACCCAACUUGUUCCAGCCGGAAUAUUAAUAAUUUGGUUCGUUCGAGUGGAAGAGAAUGUGAUGACCUCCGCUUCUCCUCGAAAUCGGAAGAUGAUCAUCAGAGGCCAUUGAUCGACGCCAUGGCAAAACGUUCGGCCAGGAAGCAGAAGAAAGUCGUACAAAAAGAUGUUCCAGUUAAGGUCGAUAAACGCGAGCCAAUCCUUGCAUGGUUCAAAUUUGAUCACGAGACUCGUUCCUCAAAAGAUAAUCAGGGCACACAACUCAGACGUAGCUGCGGAGCUCCGAAGCCCCACCCGAUUGAAGAUCAAGUUCCCUGCAGCUUCAGAGAUUGGACGCAUUCCUCAAAGGUGAAACAAAAGGUUUGCGAUGAUGAGAGGUUUAACUCCAAUCGUGAUAAUUCUCAUGGGGAAUGGGCCCCUAAUUCUUCCUGCCGGCUGACCAACUCUUCGGGCCGGCCGAAGGAAGAGUUUGGCAAAACAAAGAUAGAAGAUGGUUUAUGCAGGGUUGCUGGAAUACAGGGGCGAAGAACUGCAGGUAAAGCUUCAAAACUCACUCACAAAGUACGAGAUCAGAGCUGCGACAAUCUUGAGCCAUUAGUCGAUCAUUGGUCACAGACUGCAUCGACGCAAGAAUGUACAACACAUCAUGCAGAAGAGGACAUUGACAUUUUGCGGGGACACGUGACAGCAAACGUUCUUGAACGAUGGGCAGAGCCUUUGGAACAAUAUUUUAGCACUAUUCAACUAUUUGAACAAGAACUCCGGGAGAAGUGGCUUACCCCGAAGGAAUCAGAGGCAAUACCAGAUUCUGAAAUCCAAACAGGCUGUGAUGAGGAGUUGACAUGUGAUCGACAUGCUCCCAAUUUCCAGAGAUUAUCAGAGGAACGAAUGCAAAAGACACUUUCAGAUGAAGUGGUAGCCCCAACCGAUGGAUCAGUUAACGACUUGACAGCGAGAUCAUCACAACUCACACACAGUGUGGGAAGUGACCAGCAAAAACAAGUAAAAUUUUCGGAUCUUCAAUGCAACGCUGCGACUUUGAAUACGUCACAAGUGCAUAGGAAAUCUCUGGGCCAAGUCGAGGCUCAAUCUACUAAAUCCCUCCACAACAGAAAGCUUAGAGGUGCAUCCUCACUGCGCGAAGAAGCAGAGCUGUGGACAGGUAAUAAACAUUCUCAUAAGAAAAGGUUUGAAAGCGCAGGGGAGAACUCUGUAGCAUCGAUGUCAAAGCACUCAUCUCAGGUGGCUAAAUCCCUUCAUGGCAAAUCGAAACCAAAGCAGCUUUCUCCAGGUUUUAGAACUCGCAGGCCGGUAGAGUCGUGGCCACCUGAAAAACUUCAUACAGCAGAAUAUAAAGAUCUGCAGCAAUUAACAUUCUAUAAUCCUGGAACUCACAUUGUCACGACAAAAUGGGAGAACACCCUAUUAGAGACACUGGAAGACAAAGCCCGAAAGAAAUCAGAGUGGUGGCCAGUGACCAGACGUCCUUACAGCAUGUCUGAAUUGAAACUACUGCGUGAAAAGGAGGAGGAAUUAGCGAAGAUAACAAGGAAGUACCCACCUGGAAAAAUAUAUACCGGAUACACUAUUAAACGACAUUCAAAAUCCAGUCGCAGGUCAAUUAAAAUCAAGAAAGCAGAGGAACAUCCUCAGGGGGUGGAUAGACCUCAGCAGGUUCUCGAACAUUGUCAGAAGAUGGAUAGACUGCUUAAUCUGUGUGCUCUUGAUGAACUGAAGAAACGGAAUAAUAGCAGAAAGUUGCCUGAGAAGUCUGACGAGCAAUGCCAAAAGGUAGAUGUAUCCAGCAUUUAUGGCGCUAAUUGUGAAAGUAAGAAUCAACUGAAUGUCGGAAGGCAUUUCAAAAGUAAAACGGGGCAAAAUGCGCUUCAUGCACUAAGAAUGCCCAGACGUUCGAAUUCUAUUUUGUUUGGUAUCAAAUUUGAUCACAGGGAGCGGUCCGGGGUUAAAAUGCAACCCACUACAAGAUGCGAGGAACAAGUAUGCGCAAUUAUCACACAUUCCCAAGAUCAAGUUUGUGAGUUAAUUACGGAAUUCCAGCCUGGGCAGGAUUCUCUCCACCAGAACCAGAUCAAAACAUCCAAGGAAACAGCUUCUUACCUCUUGCCUCAGAUCAAGACACCAAGAGAGUUGGACAUUCAAGGGGGUGGUUCACGCCAGGAAAAUACACAGCGAAAAUUCCCAAUUACACUUCCAGUGGGACCCAUUGAUGAGAUCCGAAAUCGGGGGUGUGAAGUUGACAUAAGAAAAGAUGGGCCGCAGACAGAUUCUACUGUGCAGCAAGGGGUUGAAAGGUUAGCUGACAAACUUAUUGAUCAAGUGGUCAACGAGGUUGCUUCCGAAUUGACAGAAUUUGUUGAAACAGUUGCUGAGCAGAUGUUCAUGGAUGAGUUUAUCGCAUGACAACAUGUUUCUCCAUUGAUCAGAUUAGGCUGAACCAUACUAUGAAGUAGAACGUGCAAUCAUGGUGAGUUAGCGAGUGUUUAGACCAGAAAAUGCAUUUCAGUUGAACGCCUCAGAGUAUGUUGAAAAUCUGCGAAGACACUGAGCUUGUGCUCCUUAUACACCAGAACUUCCUCGUCUUCUCCGCGCUACAACU